GGUUUUUAAAUAUGCAGCGACGCUGCCUGGCAGCGUACGUGCAGUGUCGCCGUCUGCUCUGCUGCGCGGCCGCCUUCUUCGUCUUGUACGUGGAAGUCACAGGCUCCAUGGCGACGCGGCAGGUGCUGCUUGGUGCCAGCAUGGACUUGAUGCCAAGCCUCAACUACGAGAGCCCACUCAUCCUGCCUUUCCUCUUGGCCUUUCUCGCCAACCAAACGCAUUGGCAGCCGUCCCAGACACCCGGCCUCUCGUUCGUCUACCUCGAUACCGCAGUGGACGAAAGGCUUGUGCUCGACAGCAGCGGCUGCCUCGCCCCGACGCCAGACGACGCGAUGCUUCGCCCGCCUUUUCUCACUUUGCUCUUGCACAACCUCUUGGAUAACCAGCGUGCGUGGCAUGCCAUCAACCUCUCGCACUACACGGUCCUCGUCGACUGCGCCUUUGACGGCCGGCGCGUCCACGACACCACGGCGCUCAAGGUCCACCUUCUGGACCCAGGGCGUGUGAACGUGACCACCAUCGUGCUGCAGACCAUGACGCUGGAUCGGCCACAGAAGCACAUUCUUAGCGCGUGCGGUGUCGCGUCGGUCGCGACAACGUCGCUGAGUGCGCUCGCGCCAUCGCCAUCGCCAUCGCCACAGAAGCCGUCCUACCGUCUUCUCGUCGGCAUUGAGUUUCCGUACAUUUUGGCGCCUUUCCAGCUCUUCACGGUGCGAGAUCCGUCGCCGUCCAACGGGCGCUGGACCGGCACGCUGUCUCCGACGCGCGAAGACGUUGUCGUCUACGGCUCGGUGGGCCUCUACCGAGGCGCACUUCGCACCCAAGGCAACUACGGCCUUUUCCACUGGGCGCUCGUCGACGACCCGAGAGCGUCGAUCUCCACGCUGGCGUACUGGAUCUCGCCGUUUUGCGUCGACAGCUACGCGUGGGUGCGCUGCCUUCUCGGCAUGGGCGUCUCGGUCAACCUCUUUCUCAACAUAUUUGUGUCGAUCGUGAUCGUCUGCAAUCGCUGGCGCCACGACCACGUGCUCUGGGUCCCCGACUUGUACCCGAGCAUCCAGCGCCGCAUCCAGCUACGCGCCAUCUUGCUCCUCGGCGCCACGAUUUUCAACCAGUUUUGGCACGUUUUCGAGUUUUGCCUCCAGCACAGCAACGCCCGGCUCGGCCUUAACUACGGGUUCGUCCUGGAUGCGAUGGUCCGCUCGGACGGCCUCACGUACAUUCUCUCGUUCGCUCUGACGCUCUGCGAUGUGUUGCGCGCGCGCGUCUGCCUCGACGUUCUUGUGGGUAUCUAUACUUGCUGUUGGGUCUUCCGAACCGAGUUGUUGAGCGCUUGCGGAUGGAUGCUCCGCGAGACGGACGACUUUGUCUUCUCCAACUACCUCAAGGACAUUGUACCGAAUCCUAAUGGCGUCAUGGCGCUUUGGGCGGCCCACGAGAAUGCGCGAUCCCCUCUCUGCCUCUUUGUGACGGAGCUAACGUGGUUCUACGUAGCUCUACUCCUCACCGCCGUCUAUACACUCGUUGCGAAGCGCUUGGAGCCGGCGCGGGACGGGCCCAGACGCGCCCAAGUCGUCCCGUACCUCUCGCGUGAGCACAUACCACAGCGUCUCCGGUCCGAAAUCCUCCACUUGGCCCAGUCGGAAAGACAGCUCUUCGCCAAGGCGCAAGGGAUCGUGGCACCGACCCCCUGCACGACAGGGACCGAAGAGAGGGCCGUGAUACCGGCCUCGAGCAUCUGGCUGCUCGGGUACCUCGUUGUCCGCGACACGAUUGUCAUCGAGAUCGCCGACUACCCGUGGCUAUGUAUCAACUUGAUCCUGCAUCGGCGGUAUUUCUGCGUCUACGGCUUCCACGUCGUUGACGGCGCGUACACGAACACGGAAAAGACGCUUGUCGACCUCUACGAUCUCCGGCUGUGGGAUGUCGUCUGGCGGCUCUCGCUUCGGCCGCUCGCGCUCCGUCUAAGAGCCGAAUAA